AUGCCACCGCCGCUGGUCAUCAAGGCGAAUGCGUCUUCGCGAGGUCGCUCCUUCCCUACGCCGUUCAAAUGCAGCGGAGACUUUUGCGGCUUUGCGCUGCAGCUGAGCCAGGCGGACCCUGCGAAUGCUCGUCGCGCAGGAGCAAGACGAGCUGCUGCACCGCCGCCUCAAGCUGCAGCAGCGUCGGCUUUAUCGCUUUUAUUCACGAAAGAGGAGCUGCGAGCACUUGGAGAUGCCAAUCUCAGUCGACUGGUGACAGCCAUGGAGAUCACUCAGUCGGCAGGCAAGAGCAUCGACGGGAAGCAGCUUGAGGGCGAAGACCUGCGUGUCAUCACAUACAAUCAACUGCACUCCAGCACUGACUCGCCUACCAAGGCUGGACGAGGACAGCAGUCACGUCUGCUGGACAAUACACUGGCACAGAAGCUGCGUGAGAGUACACGGUCACGUGUAUUUGGGGAGAUGGAUGGCGUGGCUAAUUACUAUCGCCAAGUGCGAGUGUGUGUCGAUUGCUACUCUGUCUACGCGCUGCUAGACCAGGCACGACAAAUGGCAGCGGGGCCACUCGUAGUAGACAAGAACGCGAUUUUGCAGCAAAAGCAGCAGCAACUGAAGAGGAAGCAGCAACGGAUGACUCGAAAGCAGGUUUUACUUGAGGAUAAAUGGGAAGAGCGUGUGGCGCAGGAGGUUCACAAGAAAGAAGCGAUACUGCUACGUAAGCGUCACGACGGCUCACCGGGCGUCGAAGAAUUAACCGAACCAAUUGAAGAAACUGAAAUCUCUUCCACCUUACCAGCUCUUGCAAACAAAAGCAACAGCGCCAGACGCAAUACUGAUCUCUCCACUUUGAAUAUGUGUGACAAAACUCGAUUGCAAAAUAGCAGUAAGCACGCAGUCAGCAUGCCCUCAUUGCAACAGCCUGAGCCUGCGUCACCGAAGAAUACGAAAUCUACAGCAAAUAAUUCGGAGACUCAACCGCGCGGACAGAAGCAACUGCUCCGCACCAAUGACACUUUUGUGGGCUUAGACAACUACUUGCGCGGCGUGACCAAACGCAUCGAGGCGCCUUCACUCGAACCAGAUCGGCUCUUUCGAGAAGGAACCGCUACGACAAACUCCGCAAGAGCUGAUAGUUCAGCGGGUCCGGCAUCAAUUCUCCUCAUUUCUUCGGACACGGCAGUGCUAGACAACGUGCACCGGAUGCUUCGCAGCUUAGCGUCGCCCACGUUUGACCUCGAAGUGGAAAGCAUGACAGACGGUCGACAAGCGCUGCGAGCAGCUCAAGAUUUUGACUACGACGUGAUUCUCAUCGAGCGAGAGUUGGCACCAGGCGACAUGACGGGGAUCGAAUUUUCUAGGCUGUUGCGGCAGUCGCAGCUCAAGCGCCGACUUCAAGCCAAUGCCCUGAACCCGACCACAAUCAUUUGUAUUAGUUCACAGACAACGCCCGACGAUCUUCAGCUGUACAAAGACAGCGGCAUAGAUGGCUGCAUCGGGAAACCCGUGUAUAGCGAAUCGCUCCAGCACACGCUCCAAGCCGCUCUUCGCACACGAAAAGCUCUGCCAUAUCGUCAACGGGCGACAGUAAACGAGGAUGUGAAUGCAGCUACGCUGGCGCUCGCGAAGGCGAAAGACGAGCAACGAGCGCGACAACGCCGACAUCGACGUCGACUGGAGGCUUCACACUCUUUGACAAUGCCCGGUCUUGCUGAAAUGGACUUGCGUGAUGACUAUGUGCAUGGAACUUUUCAGAUGGAUGCUGAGACUUGCAUUCCUUUCUGUGUCAUGGGUGGUGCUCGGUCAAGUGUUGCUGACAAGGUAACAGACCUUACGGACUCAAGCAAGGCAUUCCUUAACCUGGUUAUCGUCCACGACCUCUUCGACACGUGGGAACGGUUGCAGAUUCUACUACAGCCGCUGGUAGCACGUUAUCGUGGUCGUGUGCAGGUGCUGCUAUGGAACUAUCCGGGUCAAGCGUACACAACGUGGAGGAGAGGAACUUUACUGCAUAAUACUUUCCACGUGGCGUGCCUUACUGCGCUGCUUGGUCAUGUGACUGGAGCUUUAGGAGGCGAUCGACUGCUGCGAGACAAACCCUAUCAUCUUGUUGGAAUCGGAAAUGGUGGGAAUAUUGCCUUGACUUUCUGUUGCUCACUUCAGCCACGUGAUGUGAAUACCCGUUCUCUCGUACUGCUCAAUAGCUUCGCUCAUGUGGAUGCACAACUCGCCCAGUUCUUGCAUGACAGCGCCAAAGUAUUAACCUGCACGCCUGAGUCACGACCAGAUCUCCCUGUGUAUUUCCACGCACGCUUCCUCUUCUCACCGACGUAUCUCGCGCGAGUGUCCACGCCUCUAGCACUUAAUCUGUACACGGCCGUGCUCAACCCCAUCACACUCGAAGGCCGACAGGCUCUUACGCUCGGAGCGCUGGCGCACCACGAUCUCCGACCAGAUCUCAAAAGUCUUCGAGUCCCACUCAUAGCACUUUGCUCCGUUCAAAAUGGGCUGGUCGAUGCUGGAGCUCAUGUCGAGACGAUCUUAGCUCUAGCAAACCUGGAGCUGGUGGACUCGAUUGGUAAAGUACUACGAUACCGACGCAACAAGUCUGGGCAGCAACAGUCUGCAGGGCAUAGUAAACGGCCUAGUUGUGUCGUUUGGCUUCCUGGAGGCCACGAAGCUUUACAGGAAUGCAAGCAAGAUGUCCUCUUGCUGCUCGAACAGCUUGUCACUGGAUUCCACGAACUAAAUGACGUUCCUCACGGUACGAAUCGGACGCUUCCGGAACGCUCACCCGAGAAGCAUAAGUCGAGAUGCGAAGACGAACCACAGCGAGGAAUCUCCGACAACCACGCCAAGAAGAAAGAGAAACCGCAGCGGAACUUCGAAGACGCUUUUAUCGAUCGUGUGCUGACUACACCGCUGGAUGGCGCACAGUGGCGGCUCCACCAACAGCAGAUCGCUGACCAGGCAACUCUGGAGUCUUCCGUGGGCAUUAGCAAGCCUCAAGCUGCAAGCUCUCAGUCGAACCAACACGCAUCGACUAAACCAUCAAAGUUGAUCGCCCUCACGACGUGGGAUCCCUCCACCCCCGCCUUUGAGCGUAUUAGCACCAACGUAGUGUACCAACCAGGUGCCGGUAGUAAAAUCUACCCACUGCUGCCUGAAGUGAAGGAGUACAUGGGCUGGCGAGUACGUCGCAACCAGAAAAGACUCCAGCGUAUGACCGUCAUGGCGCGAGUAAUUCAACGCGCUUUCCGAGCCUUCUACGCUCGCACACUGACGUGGCGAUUGCACCGUGACAGGUGUGCUAUCAACCUGCAACGUCUGUGGCGGGCUCGAGUCGCUCGCAAGCGCUACAAAGGCCUGAAACGUGAAGACUGGGCCGCUCGUUUGCUCCAGCGACACUGGAGAGGCAAAAUGGGACGGACGUCGUACAAACAGCGCAUGUUUGAGUACUUGGCAGCUCUGGACAUUCAGCGAAUCGCACGUGGCUGGCUCGCACGGCGCUCUGUGCUGCAUCGACAGCAACAAAUCCAUCGAUCGAUUGUGCGAGUUCAGCAGCUAAUCAGGCGAUACGUAGCACGCAGGAAGUUGUUCAAGCAACGUCGUCAGCGUAAUGCAGCCAUCAACAUUCAGCGGGUGUUCCGAGGACUGCUAGGACGUCGACGCUUCACCCGCGAGCGCGAGAAAUUCCUCUUCUCCAAGACUCAGUCCCAAGGCGUAGCAUUUGGCAAACAACUACUGCUCGAGUACAAACUGUACGGCACCAAGUUGCACAGUGACGUCGCGUUGCUUGCACGUGAGAAAAGCGACGUCGAAGCGCAGGCAGAAAAACAUGUCAAGGAGAUCUGCGAGUUUGAUGAAGGCAUCCGUCUCCUGGAGACUGAGUUGCUGGCUCUGGGUAAGGCAGAGACCGACAGCAACGCGUCAGGUGGAGUCAACCGAACUCUGGAUGAGACAGCAAAGUGGGCUCUACGAGAACAAAAGAUGCGACUGGACCGAGAGUUCUCGCAGAUGCUCGCUCAGAUCGCUCAGCGUCGAGAGAAACUCGUGACACUGGAAGAAACACUGGCACGUGUUGAUCAAGAGAGACUGCAGAAAGAAGAAGAACUCAAGGCGCUCGAGCGGAAACUGGUGUUGUUGCUUGAUGAGCAGCAGAAGGAGCUGGCGCGGAUUCGAGACAAGCAAGAAACACGCUCCCAACACGCGCUGGACUUGAUUCCACAUGGAUCUGUUCUCCCGAGCUUGAUGCCAUCAGGGCCCGCCAGCGUCUUCGCGAAUAAUCCUGUAGCUGGCUUCACACCGCAACAGCGACAGGAAGCAACUUCACUAAUGGAGUCGACAGAGACGAUGAUGAAGUUCGGCUUCAUGUCCAUGUCCAUGACGUAUUUCAGCAGCAUGAACAUGGUGCGCGCCAUGCGAAAGAUUGGGGCACAUCACUUAACUCUUGACAGCGCUGCAGCUGUGUCACAUCAGCGGUGGCCUGAGAACUCUGCAGCUGAGACGCCGCCGAAUGCCGCAAGCAGCCCUGCUGGUUUCCAGCCCAGCAUCCCACCCGGGGGAUUUCCAAGACAGCAACCAUUGCAAGUGGCGGGUUGGAGCGUCAGCGACGUCGGUCGCUGGUUGGAUACGCUAGCUCUGGCGCAGUACAAACGCGCAUUCGCCGACGCCUCCGUUGAUGGAGCCCUCCUGCUUCAUCUCACAGACGACGACCUGCGUAACACUCUGGGCAUGGAGCACCGUCUGCACCGCAAGAAAGUGCUCACGUCGGUGGAGGAGAUGCGAGCGCGUGAACGCAACCAGAUACGACAGCUUUAUGGAGACGGCUCCAGCGUCAACGUCGUCUCGAAUCCUGUUCCAGCGUCGUCCGUUGGUCCGUCACCUGGUUCGAAGGAUUCUCCUCCUGGUGCAGGUCGAGUGCUAGUCUCAUUCAGUGAGUUCUGUAGCCUUGUACGUCACGGUAAAGUCAAACAGAUCCGAGAAGCGCUACAAGAUGUCCCCGAGCGGAAAUUUGAUCCGUUGACCGUCAAGACGCCAUUCGCGCCGGCCACGGGUACCAUCUACAACGACCAACUGGAGAAGAGCGUCUUCCACAUCAACAAGGGCGACGACAACGGCAACUCACCCUUGCUGUUGGCUGCGCAGAAUAAUCAGCUCAAGGUGGCUCAGCUACUGCUGUCCAAAGGCGCCAACCCGGACCACCAGAACAGCCACGGUCACACCGCGGGCCAUUACGCAAUGGCCUACAGCUUCUUCGACCUGGGCGCGUGGCUGUUGGAUCCCGACAAAGGCGGCGGUCGCGACGACAUCUUGAACGAAAACGGUCUCGCCGCCUACGACGGUCUCAACUGA